AUUAGCCGCUUCCAGCCUCCAAGCAGAGGCAGACAGACACAGAAGACGCGUCCCGUCCGAUGUGUCCGGGCGUCCGACGCGCGUCUCGUCCGCCGUGACCCGCCGUUUUGCCGCGCAAUGCGGUGACUGCGCGACAAUCGCCGACAUUCUCUCUGUUGUCCCAUUGUUGCGAAGAUCAGUCGCCGUGUCGGACGCGAGAAUUACAUACUUACUAUGACGAACCGGACGGCGCCGGUGGCGUUCGCGAUGCAGCGGGCCCGCACCAUCACGGUGCUCGGCGUGCGCAGGAGCACCGCCCUCACCCUGACCCUGGUGCUGGCGUACGCGCUGUACCUGUGCGCCGGCGGACUCGUCUUCUACCACAUCGAAAGCCCUGAGGAGGACAGGUACCGCCAGACGGUGGCACAACACCGCAAGGCCUUCCUCGACCGGUACCCAGACGUCGAAGAUGAGGCGUUGGAAGAGUUGCUGCAGCUGGUGGUGGCCGCCGGCAACCGGGGAGUGUACGCAACGCGGAACGCGACCGGCGAGCCCAACUGGUCCUUCGGCCAGUCCAUCUUCUUCAGCACGACCGUGGUCACCACCAUCGGCUACGGACACGUGACGCCGCUGAGCCAGUACGGAAAGGGCUUCUGCAUCUUCUACGCGGUCAUCGGCAUCCCCUUCACGCUGAUCCUCAUCUCGGCGCUGGUCCAGCGACUCAUGGUGCCCGUCAUGGCCUUCCUUGAGUACCUCGACAUCAAGUUUGGACAUCGUCUUGGUGCGUUGUCGAUUCGGCUGUUGCACGUGACGCUGGUGGGCGCGUUCGUGGUGGUGCUGGCCAUGCUGAUCCCGGCGGUGGUGUUCGCCUACCUGGAGCCCGAGUGGGACUACCUGGACGCCUUCUACUACUGCUUCAUCUCGCUCACCACCAUCGGCCUCGGCGACUACAUCCCCGGCGACUCGCCCAACCAGCAGUACCGCCCGCUCUACAAAGUCCUCACCACCAUUUACUUGCUGUUUGGUCUGACGCUGGCGAUGCUGGUGCUGUCUGUGUUUGGCGGCAUCCCUGAGCUGCACAUGGGACACCUGUUUGACCUGAGCUCCGACGACCUUACCAUGGACCACGAGAAAGUGCGACUCAACCAGAAUAAACCAACCGACCAUAGGACAAUUAUUAAGGUGUCUUCCAGACGAGAUUUGGACGAUGACGAGGACGACGAUUUCCGACCAUGAAAAUGAGCAGCAUAAUCACUACGUGUUAAGUUGUAUUCCGUAAUUAAUUAUGAAUUUGUCAUUGCUGUGCGUGUAAAAUCACAUAAUUAUACGAUUUAUCAGAAAGCGCUUACUUCAGACACACGAAUCGUUUCUACAAGGCUAACGUUGGAUUACAAAUAAUACAAUUAUUAUUCUUAACGUAUAAAAAUAGAACUUAAACCAACAAGAUGGUAUCGUGUGACGUUUAGGGAAUAAGAUUAACAAUAUAUAUACGAAUCGCAAUUGGCCCAACAGCGUGAAAUUUUAAGAUAUAUCCGCAUUUUCUGUAGAGAGACGCUUUUUCUUCUCAGCUAUUGAAUCUCUAUUUGAAGUUCCUGCGAAGAUUUGAUCCUUUUUAUUAGUGUUUAUUUACAAAUUUCAGCCAUUUCUAGGGUUCUCAAAAACCCGAAUUUUUCCGGAAAAACCCACUGCAUCGCAAAUAAAUUUUUUACUUGUUUUUUAUGCAAUUUUGCGCAUUAUUCCGAAACAUGAUUAUUUUAAACAAAAAUUUCUCAUGAUGAAUGACCAAAAAUAGGGAUUUUUAAAAAUUUCUAAAGGCUGAAAACUAACAAAGAUCGUAGUUUUUUCCUUAAUAUCUUUUUUGGC